GGCGCGCGCGCGGGGCGGGCAGUCGGCGCCCGCGCUCAGUGUGUCGGCGCGCGCCCGCCGCCAUGGGCAACCAACACUCCGCCUCACACCCCUCUCUCAAGCCCCGGAAAAACGUCCACUGGAAGUCAGCAGGACGUCCGGCGGCGCCCGGAAAGCCGAAUAUCAUCCCGAUCCAGUCCGAUGAUGAACCGAACGCGAUCACGCUGCGCUGGGCGGCUUCAGCGCACGACGGUGGCGCGCCGCUGCAGGGCUACCAGGUGGAGUGCAACCGGCUGGGCUCGGCCGGCUGGGUGCGCACGGCGCCGCCCGUCGUCGCGCGCCCCGAGCUCGUGCUCACCGGCCUCGAGCCCCCGCACCGGUACCAGUUCCGCGUCGCCGCCAUCAACGCCGUCGGCCUCUCCGACUACAGCGAACUCUCCGACGUUCUCAACGUCGGUUCCGACCGCCCUUAUAACGAACCGCCCAUUUUCUACCAGCAUCUGACCGAUGUGACCGCCCUCGAAAAUGAUAAAACUGAAUUCCGAGUCAGCUUCUCGGGCAUCCCCGCGCCCACAGUCUCCUGGUUUAAAGACGAUUAUGAAAUAUUCAGUAGUAGACGAACGGCGAUCACGACGACCGAGUCUUCGAGUGUGCUUAUAUUCCACCAGACUCUGCCCAGUGACGAGGGCGAAAUCAAGUGCACGGCAACAAACCGCGCAGGGCACGCGGUCAGCAAGGCGCGGCUGGCGCUCGAGGCGGCGCCGAAGCUGCGCUACCCCCGCCAAUACGAGGACGGUCUGCUUUACGAAAUAAACGAAACGGUGUAUCUGAAAAUGUCUAUAGUCGGGAAACCGACACCGACCGUGGAGUGGCGUCACGACGGCCAGCCGAUCGUGGUGGACGAUCGGGUGGAGAUCACGAAUACGCCCAAAUUUUCGAUGUUGAAAAUACACUCCGCACGCAGGAGCGACCGCGGAGAAUACCAAGUUCACGCGAGCAACAUAAUCGGCGAGGACACGGCCGCGUUCCUGGUGACCAUCACGGCACCGCCGGACCCGCCGCGCCGCGUGACCGUCACUCGACAAGUGGACAAGUCCGUCACGCUCGACUGGGAGCCCCCCGAGGACGACGGCGGCUGCCGCAUAGGCAACUACGUCGUCGAGUACUACCGAGGCGGUUGGAAUGUAUGGCUGAAGGCGACGACCAGUCGCAAGACAAACGUGACUCUUUUUGACCUAAUUGAAGGCAGCGAGUACCGUUUUCGCGUGAAAGCAGAGAGUCCGUAUGGUAUGAGUUUGCCCAGCGCGGAGUCAGCGCCGGUGCGGAUCCCGGGCCGCUCGGUCGACAUGGAGUUCCUGGCGGUGGAGUCCCGCAUCAUCAACCAGGUGCUGACGCGCGAGGACGGCGAGACAGCGUCGGUGUCACCGGCGCCGCGUCGCAAGCGCGCGCAAGCCGCGCCGCCUUCUCCGCAGCCUAAACGCCGCGCUGUUACGCCUGACAAGGAUCCCACCGGUAGCAACGAAUUCAUGCUUGUACUAUACCCCGACAAGAAGGAGGGCGACAAAACCGAGAAAAGAAAGUCGUUCCAACUGGAGUUAGAGGACGCGUUGUCGCCGCCGCCGCUGUCGCUGUCGGCACCCGAGCUGAGCUCGCGCGCCAUCCUGCCCUUCAAGGCGCUGCGCAACGCCGUCAGCUCCACCGAGCUCCUGCACGAGCGCGCCAUGGCCCGCUUCUACAAGGCCGUCGCCAUGAAAGAAGAACAGACCAAGAACCAAAAACAAAACAGCCAAAACACACACAUUCCGUACCCUACACACGACACGAGCGACAUCCGACCAAUCGAAGAACAACCAGUAUUAGAGGAACCGAAGAUGAAUCCGCCGCAAAUAUACAUUAAAACCGACUCGGUCGAGAACAAGGAGUACAAGUUCAGCUCUCGUCAAGCUUCCAACGACUCCGAAUCGUCGAUGAACAAGUGGCAGAACAUGUCGUUUGACGAAGACUACACGGCCAGCACGGUCUCCUCGGAUGCUGAGUUCUCCGACGAGGGUAGUCUUAAUGGUGAAAUGGACAGAAGAAGCCAGUAUUCGAACGAGGAGGACACGUACCAUCCUCGGGAUAAAAUUACGCGACCCUCCCCGUCAAAAGAAUAUCUUGAUGAAGAAGAGGAGGACGAAUCCGAAAGAGAAGUCUUAAAACCUUUGCCUCUCCCUGAUCCUAAUUUCGUACCAAAGCCUAUACUUAAACGAAGAGAAGUUGUACAGGAAGUUAAACCUACGCCAAAUUGGUUGAAACCAGUGGAAAAGCAUAUACCCAAACCACAGCCAAAAAUAGAAGAGAAACAUACAUUCGGACCACAAAGUAAGCUUGAUGAAAAGCAGUUAUUUGGAUCGCAACCAAAGGUAGCGGAAAAACACACCUUUGGGCCCCAGACAAAGACAGAUGAGAAACGUUUGUUUAGUACUGAAAUACCAGAAGAAAAAGUUAAAAGUGAACCUACAGAAAAAUAUGAAAUGGAAGAUAGGCCAUUAUCCCCGGAACCAAUACCUAUGCAAACACAACAGGAAGAAAAAGUAACAACAAAAGGCAAGGAUAAGAUUGAUACUAAGGCAGAUGUUUUUGAAAAGCCUAAACAAGACGAAAAAAUGAAUCUAUUCAAGAAAAUCACAAAAAUGCCUGUUCAAAAACCUUCAUUUUCCUUCCCGAAAAUAUUACAAAAGAAAGAACCUGAGAAACCACCUGAAGAGAAGGAAGUGAAUGAAAAGCCAAAGGUAACCAAUAAAGUAGAAAAGAAAAAAGAUGAAAUCACAGAAGAAGGUAGAACUGUUAUUGAAUAUUACGAUAACAUAGUUAGAGAAUAUAAAAGCGCUAAAAAGCCGUCUACUCCACUCUAUCUAAAUACAGAAGAUCUUAAACAUGUCGCAGAAGAGCAAGAAGAAAAGAGAGAGAAGGCAGCUGAACAGAAGAAACUAGUGAAGCAGACGAAAUCUGCAGCUAAUAAAACCACAGGUAAGAAACAAAUAGUAGAUAAAAGUAAAAUCGGUAACUCCGUUUCCAAACAGCCUAAAUCGAAACAAGCUAAUCAAACGGAGGUUAAAACUAACCCAAAGGUGGUAAAGCGAGAAAAAGCUGCCCCUUCAAAAUCGGACAAUAAACAAAACGAACCUCCAGAGAAAUAUACUCAACAAAUUAUUCUUAAGACAACAGAACGAGCCACGAUCGUAAUACCUAUUGAUUACCAGGAACUGGAAGAACAGGCCAAAGUAAACGUGAGAUCCGCGAUAGAUUACAUGGUGGACGUGUGCCUACUGAUGCUGGCUUUCUGGGUCUACUUCUUCAAGGACGAGAGGCUGGCUAUCCCAUUCCUCAUACUGAUCAUCUACCGACAGCUGCAAGAGACGAUCCUGUCCGACAUCCCCGAGUGGGUGCGGACCCACACUCCCAGCUGGCUCAAGAAAAAAACUUCUUGACCGUUCCAUGAAAAGACAUUAUGUGCGAUAAUCUGAUUGUAAUGUGAAAACAGUGUGUUGUGUGAAAUUGUGAUUUACUUAUUAUAAAUGUAAUAUACACCUAAACUUA